AUGGCUUCAGGAUACGGACUUGCUGGCGGCCCCUCGCGCUGCUUCCCCUUCUGGCAAGAAGUUCUCGCCUGCUACGUGACCAACACAAACGCCGAGGACGACUCGGGCAAGGCCAAAUGCGUGCCCGUGCUUGAGGACUACUACGAGUGUCUGCACCACAAGAAGGAGGCUGCCCGCACCCUCGCCCUCCAAGCCGCCUACCGCAAAGCUGAAGCCAACAUAAAGCGUGACGACGCGCCCUCGGCAGGUGAAAUACGGAGACUGGGUGUGCUUGACGCUCCCUUGGAGGAGAAGAACAUCAAGGCUUCCAAGUGGUUCCCGCACAAGGAGAUCAACUAG